AAUUCCAUUCUAAGAUCAGUACCAACUACCAAAUCUGUUUUAAUUACUUGUGUAAAAUCAAGUUUAAAGUUACUACCUAUUAGGUAUUUGCUAGAGAGUAGAGAUGUGUGGUUCGAAAAUCCAGAUUAGUCUGUGAAGUUUGUAUUAUUUUAAUGAAAAACAACUUGCUAGUUUUAUUAUGACCAUGACCUUUACGAAAAUCAAGCAGAAUUUACAAAUCACAAGAUUAAAAAUCAUUUUCAUAAUACACACACGUGUCGGUAUUGUUUGAACAUUGAGAUUGAUAUUAUGAUUUAAAUUAUGAAGUUAUUCACAUUUCAAGAGUAGUAUAAAAUAAUCAAAUUUCUAGGCUACCAUUUUUCAUCAUCUAUAAUUUCGCUAAAUUAUUAUAAAUAUGUACUGGAAAAGAAUUUCUUUUUGCCUGUGCAUCUAUGGAAUUCUUAAAGAAUUCCGCCCAUCCGAGUCUUAUGUAAUACCUUUUUUACAAGGACCUCGUAUGAACUUCACCGAAGAACAAAUAAACAAUGAAAUCCUUCCUAUUGGAAUAUAUUCCUUAAUGGUUUCUAUGAUUUUCGUCACUUUAACUACCGAUUUAUUACGAUAUAAAGCAGUAAUAGUCAUACAAGCGAUAUGUGGAACAGUUGUCUAUGCAAUUUUAUCGUUAUGCACAAGUUUUCCGUCCAUGAUUAUAGUUCAAAUUUUGUAUGGAAUUUUUUCAGCAGCAGAAGUCGGCUACUAUACGUACACUUACUCUGUUGUGGAUACAAAAUAUUAUCAAACAGUUACUAGUCAUACAAGGGCCGCACAUCUUAUGGGUCGUUUUAUUUCUAGUAUUGUAGCUCAAUUGUCAAUUUCAGCUAAUAUCUUUGACUCUUACCAAUUAAAUUUUCUCACUCUAGGAAGUUUAGCUGCUGGAUUACUAUGGACUACGGUUUUACCGUCUGUGGAACAAAAAGUUAUUGAACCCGAGGCUCAAAAAAUGACAGCUAUGAACAUAGCAUCCCUGACACCAGAAGAAGCGGAACUUGAAAUAGCAGAAAAUGAAACACUUCAAAAAGAUACACUGCCAACAAACAAAGAUAAAAUUAAUUGGUUUUUUAAGGACAGCCAAAUUUCUUGGAAUUACUUUCAAUCACUGUGCGAAGAGUAUAAAAAUUUGCAAGUUUUAAAAUGGUCAUUUUGGAUAGUUUUGGCAACGUGUGGUUUUAACCAGGUAUUGUUCUAUAUUCAAUCAUUAUGGGAAUCAAUAAGUCAUGAAAGUUGUGUCGAAAAAAAUUGCCAAACAUAUUCAGAGUGGAAUGGAGCUGUAGAUGCAAUUUACACAGUUAUAAGUUUCUGUGUAACAAUAUUAUGUGGAAAAAUAGCAAUAAAUGUGGACAAAUUUGGUAAUUUUAUCAUUUUACUUAGUGCUAUCACCCAGUGGGCUACUUUAUACACAUCGAUCUUAUGGAAUUCAAUUUAUAUUUCUUACAUAAAUUUUAUUUUAUAUUGUACCGUUUAUCAAGGCAUGAUGACCAUUGCUAGUACAGAAAUAGCAAAAUGUGUCAAUAAGGAUAAACAUGGAUUUGUAUUUGGUACAAAUAAUCUUUUAGCGGCAAUUUUACAAUCGUUGGCCACAUUAUUUAUGAACUCCUUGGGUAUGUCUUCAUCGUCUAAAGCUUUGUUUAAGUGGUAUGCAGGCUAUUGUUUUUUCAUUGGAAUAUGUUUUUUAAUCAUUUUCAUUAAACAAAUUAUAAGAAAGUAAAUAUUAGUGUUGUAAUUUGGAUUUGAAUAAUUAAAUAUUUUUAAGCAUUCGACU